GUUCAGUUGUUGUGUGUGCCGUACCCGCCGCUUCAGUCGUCAUCGGCAUUCAUUCAAGACACGAUCAAUAUAAAAAAAAAGCACGCGCAGUCGUCGCCGCCGUCGCCGUCGCAGUUCGCGUCACUGUUCAAUUGUCAAUCGUCAUCUUUGGCUUUGCCCAUUGCAUUGCAAUAGCAAACAAAACCCGCAAGCAACCAGCCAAACCAAUUGCAAAACAAAUUACGCACAAGUGAAUAAUUGUGGCUUUUGUGCAAACUAAAUAAACAUUAUAAAAUAAAAAGCAAUAUAUUUGAUAGCCCAAGUGGCUCAUAAAAAAGUGUGCAACUGUUGUCUAUGUGUUAGCGUCUGUGUGUGUGUGUAUUGGCGCCAUCUAGCGGCCUAUAAAUAUUGCAUAAAAAAAGAUGAAGCAGACAAAUAGCAUGGAAUGCUUAAACAACAAUAAUAACAACAAUAGCAGCGCCCUAACAACAAGCAAUAUCAACGGAAACGGAAAUGGCGUUGGCAAUGUUAGUGAGCUGCAGCUGCAGCGCCCUCUGUUGGCCAAAACAGCGCUAACAACAUGUGCAACAGCAACAGCAGCAGCAGCAGCAUCAGUGGGAGCAACCCAUAACAAUAACAACAGCAGCAGCAACAGUAAAUGCGGCGCCAGCAGCAUGUCGCCCCAUUCACCAACAGCAACUCAACAACAACAACAGUCCACAAACAUGGCCACAAAUGGCCAUCAGUCGUAUCCGGCGAUAACGGCUACGUAUUGGCUACCGCCACCAAAUCCGGCGCCAUAUUUAGUUCCAGAGCUCGCGAGGAUUACAGCAACAUGGAACAUGAGAGGUGAGCUGAGUGCCUGGGCAAAGCACAAGGCAAUAGCCAAAGCCAUGUUGCUCGUGUCGUAUGCCAACUACACAUACAUUUCGAGUGUACACUGA